AUGAGUAGUAUAGGUGAUGAUUCAAUAUCUACUCUGAAACAACAACCUGAGAGUCAUCGGAAUCAGUCAGACGAACAACUUCCGUCUGAUACAAUAGCCGCAACAACAACAAAUAGUGAAAUGCAUGCCACUACUAUAAAACAAGAGGUGCCCGAUAUUGACAGUUUAAAUCUUGAUGAUGAAUUAUCAAAAUUUUUAGAUAAUCAAGAAACGGUGCAUAAUGAAAGUAUUGUUAAAACCAAGAGUUUGAAUACAGUGAUAGCUGAUUUAGGGUUACCUGAGUUGGGACUUCAUACCGAAAGCAUAGCCACCGGUACUAUAGCCACAGAUAUAACAUCCGUCGAUUCGAAAUCUAAGCAAGACAUUGAAGUUUCUCAUUCAAGUAAAGAUAUAAGUUCUACACAAACCCAACAACAACAACAACAAGCAACUAACAAUGAAGACACUAGAGACAAGACAUCACCAAUAACCAUAAAAACAGAACUGAUAAAAGAAACUCCAGAACCAAAACUGCAAACAAAUGAACCUGAAGAACAAAAUUCUCGAGUAUCAGCCUAUGCAAGAUUAGAUUUUGAGAAUUUUACAUUCUUUGUACAAACAUUACAAGUUGUAUUGGGUAGAAAAUCAAAUGAUGAAUUAUUACAAUCAAGUCAUAAUGCAGUUGAUGUACAUUUAUCACUGAAAAAGGCAAUUUCGAGAAAACAUGCAAAAAUCUUUUAUAAUUUUGGAACUCAAAGAUUUGAAAUUAGUAUAUUAGGAAGAAAUGGAGCAUUUGUAGAUGAUUUAUUUGUUGAGAAAGGAAUAACAAUUCCAUUAAAAGAUGGAACCAAAAUUCAAAUUGGUGAUAUUCCAUUUAAAUUUGUAUUACCUUCAACUGAAUCAAAUGAAGAUGAUGAAAAUGGUGGAACAAUCGUAAAACAAUUCAAUCCAAGUGAUGCCAUCAAUUUAAGAACAAAUAUUUAUAAUAGAGAUACAUCAACAUCAAAACCAAAGUCUAAAUCAGCAUCAAAGCCAAAACUGAUUAUUAAAAAAGACAAGGAAAAAAUAAAAUUGGAAAAUGAAACGUCAACAACAACAACAACAAAACAAACAAAACCCACUCCAACUUCAACAACAAGCACAUCAACAGGCACAGUGACGACGACAACAACAACAGCACCCAACACCACUACACAGCCGUCAACAGCAGAAGCACGUAAAAAUUCCAUAUCUAGAAGAGAUUCAUUACUCAAAAUUAGACGAUUAUCAAGUGCAAGAAGGAAAUCCCUCGUUGGGAACAACGACGAAUUAACGGAAAUUCUCAAAGAUUUGGGGGUUUCCUCAAUUGAUGCUAUAAGUGAAGAAGAUUCUGAAUUAUUGGAUGCCCAAAUUCAAAGUUUAUUAGACGAAGCCGAAGGAUUUGAUGAAAAUUUAAUGAAAUUGACAGAAGCUAAUGAAUCAUCCACAGCUACACAAGAUGAGAAUUCCAAAGAAGUUACUGAAAAGACUGAACAAGAUCAAAUUGAAGAGAAUGAAAUUCAUGACAUUGAGAUGAAUUUAUCGGUUUUGGAUCAAGAAAUUGCAAGUUUAGCACCUUUGAUAGAUGCUCAUAAUCAAGAUUUAAUGAAAGAAAAGGAAGAAAAAAAGAAGCAAUUGGAACAAGAAAAGAAGAGGAAACAACAACAACAUUUACAACGAAGGAAUUCUGCUGCCAAAGGGAAACCAGCAGCCACAACAACGAUGCCAUCAGCUACUGCUACGUCAACCCCCAGCACAUCAGCAUCAGCAACCCCAACCACAUCAACAGGAACAGCAGUGCCGCCUCGUACUACCCCACUUAUGGGAAAACCUGCAUCUAUCCAACCACCGGCUUCAAGACUAUAUAAUAGGGCUUUGAAUGGCGCCACGGGAUUGACAGGAACUACAGGAAUAGAUAAUAAAUUAGCAGCAACCUUGUUAUCACUACCUGCAGCCUCCUCAGCUUCAUAUAUAUCCAAGCAAAUAAUACCUCCAAGACCACCACCACCAAAAUUAGAGGCACCUGUAUUGCCAGUUACAUCGGAACCUUCAGCAAUUAGAUCUCGUCCUCCACUUCGAGCAAUUACAGUUAGAGAUUCAUCAUAUUUAGCUACUUUUGAUGUCCCCAAAACCAUUGAAGAACCUUCGAAAUAUCCAAAACCUAAAGUUAGAAAAGAUUCUACAAGAAGACAGCCAAAGAAAGUAUAUUCCCCUGACGAAAUCCCGGAGCAAUAUAGAUCAAAACCAAAUGUUACGUUUAUGAUGAUGAUCACUAGUGUUUUAAAAACUGAAGCAGCAAGAAAUGGAUUGACUAUAAAUGAAAUUUCAGAAGCGAUUAAAGAAAUAUAUCCCUAUUUCAAAUAUUGUCCUGAUGGAUGGCAGUUUUCAAUUGCUCAUUGUAUCAAAUAUAACAAAAUCUAUAAACGAAUAAUGAAAAGGGGUUCUGAAUGGCUCUAUACCAUGGAUGAUUUAUAUAUCAGUGAACGUGAGAAGGUGAGAAAGAAACAACAAGAAAUGGCAGCGGCAAAGGCAAAAGCAGAAGCUCUUAGACAAGAAGAAUUAAAACAGAAACAAAGAUUGGAAGCCCAACAAGCAACCAUAAGUCACAAUAUCACAGGAAGAACGUAUACUUCGCCUUAUGGAUUACCAAAUUCGAGAUUGACUCAAAAUCAAUACUUGUCACAAUUACCAUACAAACAGCCACAGAUACCGGUCACCACUGCCAAUGGACAGAAACCAAAGACAAUUGCAGAGUUAGCUAGUGAAAUAAGAAGAGAUGGGGUUGUGGGAUCCAAAGCACCGAUGUAUUUCAAAUCACAACCGGGUUCAACUGGUCCAGUACCAACACCAGCAGCUGCAGGAGGUCCAAAUACCAUCAAAGCACAAUUGGCAGCCAAUAGAUCACAACCACAACAACCAGCAGCUCCAUCAAUGUCGGAUCCAAACACACAAAAAUCAUUGGAAUACUUGAGAAAAGAGCUUUUUGUAUUAUAUAGAGCCAGAAAACUCACCUAUGAUAAACAAACCGCGACAGUAUUGAUUACCAAGGCAUUAGCAACCACAAUCGCGCAAGUUAAUAGUAUUGGGGCCAAAGCUGGUUGUGGAGAGAAUGCAUUGGGAUUUUUGGUAGAUAAGGCACCACAACAAGUUAGUAAGAUUUUGGAUAUUGCAUUAACGAAAUCUAUUAAGGAACACGAAGGCAAUUUCUCGAGAUCACCAAGUCGUGCGGCUACUCCUGUUCCACAGUCACAGCCUUCACCUGUCAAAACAACUACCCCUAUGGUUCCGGCCCAACCUGUGAAUGUUGUCAACAAAGCUUCUCCACCACCUGUUCAACCUGUUCAUGUUAAGACGGAGCCAAUUCCAAUGAAACCAAUUGCUAAUCCACCUAUUAUUGGAACCGAUAAUCCUGUCAAGGCAGUUGUUGAUGCUGCAGCUGCAGCUCGAAAUGAAACAAUAUCACAUCCAUUACCAAUUAUCACCAAUGCAGGGGUACCAAUAAUCUCAAGUGUUUCGCCAGUGAAGACUACACCACAACCGACCAUACCAGUCGUAUCUAACACACCACCCGUUUCAACUCCACCUACUGAACCAAAGACUCCAUCUGCUUCCACAUCUCCAGCACCAGUUGUUUCAAGAAGUACGACACCAGCAUUAUCAAAACCAUCCUCAUUCGGUCUUUCAAAACCACCAAGCUUCAAACCUGAUUCAUUAGGCAGACCAGCAUCAUUAUCUAAACCGCAAAGUUUUGCCAAACCUGGAGGAAGUAGUGCAUUGUCGCGUCCUCCAUCAUUCUUGUCAAAUAAACCAGCAUAUAGAGAAACUCAACAAGUUAAACGUGAACUUGAAGGAGGAGCGGGAGGGGUAGAAAGUGAUCAAGCUAAGAAGAUUGCUAGGACUGAGUAA